GAUCGACUCAUGGGAUGGUUAUAUUACUGGGCGGUAGAUGAAGUUGCGCACCCUCUUCACAAACACGUAGUUUGCAGAUCAGAUUCUGAUAGCCAAAUAUGGAGACGAAAAGAGCGCAGGAGAACAAGAGCAGUAGGGCAUUUUUGAAAUAAGAUAGUGUGUUAAUGCAUGGGGAAAGUGAGGUCGAAAGAGAGAGAGAGAAAUUAAGCUAUUUCCUUCUGCCCUUGAGCGCGUAGGACAAAACGGAUAUCGUAAAAAGUAGGGGAACAUGAAUAGACGCAGUGCCAUUCCUGAAAAAGUAUUGAAAUGUGAUAUAUUUAGAAGAAGUCAUCUAUUUCGCGUACGGGAUGCAGUCGGUAUCAUCCUAACAAAGCACUGCUUUCCUCAAAAGUGUCAAACAGAAGAGAAACAAACAGAAGGGGAGAGCAUCUCAUCUAAUCCUCUUACUGAAGGGAAUACAGUUAAAUACAGUGACGUUAAGCUUCUUUUUAACGACGAAACAAGGUGCGACGGCAGGCUUCAGAAUGCUGACAACACUUUUGCAAAGGGAUGCACCCAUGGCAGAAUAUAAACAUGCCUACCCUCUCGGAGCAAUUUGCCAAAGAUGGAGCCUGUAAACCCAUCAUUUGAAUGACAUUAAACUCAACAAAAUCUCAUCAAGAGGGAGCUUCUGAGUGGACAGCGGGAAUAUUCUAAAUGGUAUAGGACACUCAUGGACAUGCGACUGCUUUUAGUGUGACUUACCUGGAGUGCCAAAGGUGUAUGAUCUGAGCAAGAUUUGCAUGUCACCAAUAUCAAACACAACAGGCUCCUUUUACCGUGCAACUAACUAUACUUUAAAGGGAUGCUUUCAUUGAUGUAAUUUCAAUUUAGGACAACACAUAUUUCGAAACUGAAGUACAUGUAGCUUAUUUGGGAAGGCAUAGGCCUAGAUUUGUAUAGACAUCCAGCAGAGUUAGGUCGUAUCCUACAAGCGGCAGGUGUCUCAACAUGAAAACCUCAAAACAGAUUCGAAGUUGAUCCUCUUUGUGUGUGGACCGACGGUGGCACAUCUUGCCUCCCUCCGGACACUCGGUCUUGGACCAUGGAUGUGGUCUCUACGAGUGCCAUGUUCUCACAGGUGGUCUUUCUUCUGCACUUUGUGACUUUGACACUUGGCCAGUAUGACAUAUGCAAGAGUUUGGUUAGUAUGGAUAAUGGACAAACAUGGGAGUUUUACGCAUGCCAGCCCAAACCCACGGCUAUGAAAGAGUUCAUGCAAAUUACGGUGGAUCCCCCCGGCAUCACUUGCGGCAAUCCCCCGGAGAGGUUCUGUACUCUGGAGAACCCGUACCUGUGUAGUGACGAAUGUGACGCCUCCAACCCGGACCUGGCUCACCCUCCCCAGCUGAUGCAGGACCGUGAGAGCAGCGGCCUCAUCACCUACUGGCAGACGGUGACGUGGAGCCGCUACCCGGAGCCCCUGCUGGCCAACAUCUCCCUGGCCUGGAACAAGAGCUUGGAGCUGACCGAUGACAUCCAGGUCACUUUCGAGUAUGGCCGCCCCACCGUCAUGGUGCUGGACAAGUCCCUGGACAAAGGGCGCACCUGGCAGCCCUACCAGUUCUACGCCGACGACUGCAUGGACGCCUUCGACAUGCCCGCCAAGCGGGUGCAGGACCUGUCGGCGACAAACGUGACUCGGGUCAUCUGUACCGAGCAGUACUCUCGCUGGGUGGGCUCCAAGAACGAGAAGGUGCUGCGCUUCGAGGUGAUGGCGCGCUUUGCUAUCUUCGCAGGGCCCAAGCUGCUCAAUAUGGACAGUCUGUACACACGCAUGGAGAGUAUGAAGGGCCUGAGGGACUUCUUCACCUUCACCAACCUGAGACUGAGGCUGCUGAAGCCGGCCUUGGGGGGAACCUACGUCCAGAGAGACAACCUUCUCAAAUACUUCUACGCCAUAUCCAACAUAGAUGUACCAGCCAGGUGUAAGUGUAAUCUCCAUGCUGGCCAGUGCACCUUUCGGGAGGGCAGCCUGCAGUGUGACUGUGAGCACAAUACGACAGGCCAGGACUGCACUCGCUGUGAGAGGGGCUUCAAAGCCAAAUCAUGGAAACCUGGAUCCUACCUACCCACCCCCAACGGAUCCCCCAAUACCUGUGAGGCUGCUGGGACUCUUGGCAACACCAGCAGCUUCACUGACACAGUGACAGCUGUGGUGGGUCCCACAUCCAGCACGCAGCUCAGGGACUCCCUCACCAACACACCAGUGUUGCUUGUGGCAACUGACCAAACCUCCACUAUACCAGCCACUGUGCCAGCCUCUGCCAGUCCCGACCAGACAGAUAGCCCAUCGUUAAACACAGUGACCUCGCCACCCCUGGAGGUAACACCCCCCACAACCACAGUGAAAGUGCAGCCGAAAGUUACUCAAUCAUCUGAAGCAGCUGACGUCACAUUUGAUGCAACCAUUCCAACAUCAGAUGGAUUUACUCAAACACUAGACAGCACAAUGACAACCUCUUACACAGUGACUUCUGACACCAGUCCCACAGCAUCUGACACCAGUACCAAAGCAUCUGACACCAGUACUACAACAUUUUACACAGUGACUCCAACAUCUGACAUAUUUACCACAACUUCUGGCACCGUUACCUCAGCAUCUGAUGUAUUCACUUCGACAUCUGGUGUGCCCUUUCUGGCAUCGGACACAGUUACUCCAGUAUCUGAUAUAGUAACACCACUAAUAAAUGGAUUUACCUCAGCACCUGAUGCUGAUACCUCAGUAUCUGCUACAUUUAUUCCAGCAUCUAAUGGAGAUACACUCGCCUCUGACGUGGCUACUUCAGCAUCUGAUGGAGUUAUUUCAAUACCAGGAGCAGUUCCACCACCUCCCGACACUGUUACUUCAGAACCUGAACCUCUUUCCCGGGCACUGGGUGGAGCUACCACCCAAGUACCAGACAAAUCUACACCUGAUGCUGCUACCCUAGCUCUUGAUAUAGUUGCGCCUGAUGCAGCUGUUCCAUCCCCUGACACAGAUACCUUAACAUCUGAUGAUCCUACCCAGGCACCUGAUGUAGUUACUACAGCUCCAGACUCAUCUUCAGCAACCCCAUCUCCUGACACAAGUGAUCCAGCUCCCGAUUCAGUUGAUCCAGCCCCCGAUUCAGUUGAUCCAGCCCCCGAUUCAGUUGAUCCAGCUCCCGAUUCAGGUGAUCCAGCUCCCGAUUCAGUUGAUCCAGCCCCCGAUUCAGUUGAUCCAGCCCCCGAUUCAGUUGAUCCAGCCCCCGAUUCAGUUGAUCCAGCUCCCGAUUCAGGUGAUCCAGCUCCCGAUUCAGGUGAUCCAGCUCCCGAUUCAGGUGAUCCAGCUCCCGAUUCAGGUGGUCCAACUAAUGAUACUGGCGAUAGUGAGAAAGGGGAAAAUAAAGAAGAAAAUGUUAAACAGGAAACAGUUACCCCCAAAACUGAAGCCAAAUGGGAAAGCAAAGGAAAGGUGAAAAAGAAAGAGACAAAAAAAGCGGUUGUCAAACUGUUGAUUCCUGGUGGGUCCAAAUACAGCCAGUCUAAGGUUGCAUACAUCCAGUUUCAAGACUGUGAGUGCUAUGGCCACUCGAACCGCUGCAGUUAUAUUGACUUUAUCAACAUCGUGACUUGUGUCAGCUGCAAACACAACACUAGGGGGCAGAAUUGUCAGCACUGUCGACUGGGAUACUUCCGGAAUAUCUCUGCCGAGCUGGACGAUGACAACGUUUGUAUAGAGUGUAACUGUAACCAGCUGGGGUCCUUCCACGCCCGCUGCAACGAGACGGGGUACUGCCAGUGUAGGGAUGGCUCCACUGGGCCAAAGUGCGAGGACUGCCUGCCUGGAUACAGCUGGAGACAAGGCUGCUCUCCCAACGUCUGCGACGACGACAUGCUGCUGUGCCAGAAUGGAGGCACCUGCUUCCAGAACCAGAAGUGUCUGUGUCUGCCAGAGUACAAGGGCCUGCUGUGUGAGCAGCUGCUCUGUGAGGGAGAGAGGGGCUGCAGCAGUGCCUCUGCCUCCUACCUCAGCCUGGUUGCCAUGCUGAGUUGCCUUCUAGCCAACACCCUGCUUAGACUAGUCACUGCUUGCUGAGCUACACCCGGGACAGCUGGAGUACACCUGGCUACAUUUUUGGGACCCGCCAUUCGCAGUGCUUAGCUCAGUCUAACUGUGCUGUUGCAUUCUGGGAGAGUGUUUGAGGGCUCCAGCCCCCCUGUCACCUUCGCCACGAUGAGACAGAGAGAGUUACUCUCUCUCUAUGAAAGCCAGUGCUGAAAGAACUUAUACCAAAAAAACUAAAUCACUAUCUUAGAAAAGUUUAGAGCGAAUUGUAUUGUCGUACAUCUAAGUUUGUUCUCACUGAAAUACUGCACUUACCCAACUUGCUUUCUGAACAGAGAUGGCUGUAAUCACUGCUGAGGCCUACUAAUGCCAAGUUUAUCUUACUCUCAAAUUCACAUUUCCUUACUUUGCUGCAUAGUUUAUUUGUUUCCUGGAACAAUCAUUGAACUGAAAAGUGGAGAAAAAGUAAACCAUUUUUUUUUUUUUUACCAGAGUUGAUGUUUCAGUAGCUUGUGGUGGAGAAUCAAUUGUCACAUGGAAAUCAUGAAGCAACGAGAGAGAGUAUAACCUAUCCAAAUCAAACAAAUCUAUGUAUGAAUAUUUUUUUGUAGAAAUUGUUAUUUUUGUUCCAAGUAAACGUUAUCAUUCUGAAGAAAAUGACCCACGAUGAGCUUUUUAUUAUUGUAAACCUUCCUGAGAAUGUGACUGUUAGAUGCUGUUCCUGAUGCCAUUGCAUACAGACAGUUGAAGGAAUAAAGCCUGAAGGUCUGAAAGUUGAAGAAUUCAGUCCAAGGUUUUAUCCAACACAAACACACACACACACACACACACACACACACCUAGCUUUAGAUAUUUAUUUUGACUUGUUGAGAUCACAAACGAGCAUUAUCACGUAUGUCUCUAACAAAACAUGUACAAUGCUAGAGCUACAAUUAGGUGCUUGAUUUAGGUCACACAAUAUGAAACCAUGACAUUGAUACUACAGUAUUAUGAUAUGAAACCGUGUCAUUGAUACUACAGUAUUAUGAUAUGAAACCAUGUCAUUGAUACUACAGUAUUAUGAUAUGAAACCAUGACAUUGAUACUACAGUAUUAUGAUAUGAAACCAUGACAUUGAUACUACAGUAUUAUGAUAUGAAAGCAUGACAUUGAUACUACAGUAUUAUGAUAUGAAACCAUGACAUUGAUACUACAGUAUUAUGAUAUGAAACCAUGACAUUGAUACUACAGUAUUAUGAUAUGAAACCAUGACAUUGAUACUACAGUAUUAUGAUAUGAAACCAUGACAUUGAUACUACAGUAUUAUGAUAUGAAACCAUGUCAUUGAUACUACAGUAUUAUGAUAUGAAAGCAUGACAUUGAUACUACAGUAUUAUGAUAUGAAACCAUGUCAUUGAUACUACAGUAUUAUGAUAUGAAACCAUGACAUUGAUACUACAGUAUUAUGAUAUGAAACCAUGUCAUUGAUACUACAGUAUUAUGAUAUGAAACCGUGACAUUGAUACUACAGUAUUAUGAUAUGAAACCAUGUCAUUGAUACUACAGUAUUAUGAUAUGAAACCGUGACAUUGAUACUACAGUAUUAUGAUUUUCUAUGUAUCCUUAUCCUGAGCAUCAGAAACCUGGUAUGCAAGGGAUAUCAUUACGGGAUAUUUGUCAUGAAAUUCUGUUUUGAAACUGUGCAUAUCCAAAAUGAACAAGAUCACAGCUCUGGAUUUUAGCAGCCAAUGAUUUGUUGGAUGACAGUUUUGAAGCACAAAAUAAUUGAGAGACACUACAAAUCCUCAAUGGAAGAAGAGCACCGCAG